AUAUAACAGCUGCAUCUGAGGCUCAUCAACCUCAACAGCAAUCAUGCAAGUUCUUGUGUUGCUCUCGCUGGUUCUCCCGGUGGUCAUCCUGAUCGUCCGGCGUGCAACGCCGACGAAGGUGGCCAACCUCGUCAAGUUGGUUCUAGCAAGUAAGCCACCAGCUAUGUUCGUCACGGACUAUGCCGCGGCGCAUCGCCUUCUCGUCGGCGGCGGCUCCUUCUCCAACCGGCCUCCAUCGAUGUCACCCAGCGCCGUCCUCUCCGGCCGCCUCUACCACAACAUCAUCUCGGCACCCUACGGUCAGCUCUGGCGCGCCCUCCGCCACAACCUCACCUCGGGAGUCCUCCACCCGAAGCACCUGCGUGGCUACGCCGCCACGCGUCGCCGUACGCUACGCCGCCUCGUAGAGGACCUCAGGGAACAGCAGCAGCUCGCCGGCGGCGGCGGCGUGGUGCUUGCCACGGAGAGCAUCCGCAGCGCGGUAUUUGGCCUCGUCUCUACCAUGUGCUUCGGCGACGGCGUCGACGCGGCCGUGGUCCGCGCCAUGGCUGAUGUCCAAAUGGAGCUCAUCCUGUCCUUGCCUGCGGCACGCACGUUCGUGUCUGCGCCGUUCCUGGCGCUGUGGAGGUUAAUCUACCGCAAGCGGUGGAACAAGCUGGUGGCGAUACGACAGAAGCAGGAGCAGCUGUACCUCCCGCUCAUCGACGGCUGCCGCAUACAUCGCCGGAGCUCUGACGAGACGACGACGACAUACGUGCACACACUCCUGGAUCUUCAUGUUCCGGGCAUAGCUGGAGGCAAGCAACGAAGGCUCGAGGAUGGUGAACUCGUGGGGCUCUGCUCGGAGUUUCUUGGUUCCGGAACUGAAUCCCUAUCCGCGGCGCUGCAGUGGAUCAUGGCGAACCUAAUGAAGCGCCCAGACAUGCAGGAGGCCAUCCGGAGGGAGAUCGACGCUGUUGUUGGGGCCAACGAGGAGGAGGUUGGGGAGGAGGUUCUUGGGAAGCUAGACCACCUCAACACUGUCAUCUUGGAGGCCUUGCGGCUGCAUCCCACCACCAUGUGGGUAUUUAGGCAGGUGAUGGAAGAAGACCAAGUGGUUCAUGAUGGCCAGCAUAUUCCUGUGGGUACCAAGAUGGUCUUCUCGUUGGAGGCCCUAGGGCGAGACAAGACAAUGUGGACUGACCCUGAUGAGUUCAAGCCAGAACGAUUUCAAGCAUAUCGAGGUGCAGAAAGCAUUACCAAGAACCUGCUGUCCAUGGCCGGGGAGAUGAAGAUGAUGCCUUUUGGGGCCGGCAAGAGGAUGUGCCCUGCUAUAAGCAUGUCAUUGCUCCACAUCGGUUACUUCAUGGCAAACCUUGUGAGGGAGUUCGAGUGGAGCGAAGCAGAGGGUGAGCAUGCUGUCCAACUCCACACUGAUGCCAACGUCUUGUUGUUCAAUUUCAUGAAGCGUCCACUACGUGCUCACGUUGUGCCUCGCCGUCCGGAGGUCAAAAGCAUUCGUUAACUUAUUGGAUGGACAAGCAGUGUCCUGCUGGUCCAGUUGGAGCAGGCAAUCCAUCGUGUUGUGUGUGGGCCUUUGAUAUUGUUAGGAAGCAAUCCGUGCCUCAAGGAGAUGAAUCAAUAGGAUUAGAGAGAUCAUAUCAAUUAGCAACGUUGAUUAAUCUUAGCCUUUACCCUAAUCCAAUGAUCAAUGUAAUAUCUCCCUGUAACAAUCGUUGUUUCGUAUGGACUACUCCACCCUCAAGAAUCGACAGCACCACCCUUAGGAAUCAACAUCACCAGAAGGGUUAUCCGUUGAGUGACCGUGUAUCCACGAUCCCAAACGAGCGUCUUGCAACUCCCGUGACGUUGUUUCACCAUGUAUAAAUUGUGAGAUCUUCAAUAAAAAGUUUGCAAUUUGAUCCA